UUCCCGUCUUUUUGCAGCUUUUUGAAAUGUUUUGGGUUUGUUGCAUUGGGUUUUUCUUUUUCUUUUUUUUUUUUUUUUUUCUGAGCUAAACAAUGAGAGUUUGUUCUGGUGGGGACAGCUUUUCUGAGCUAAACAAUGAGAGUUUUCCAUCAGAGGACAUUGGAAGUACAACGUGAAACAUAUAAAAGGGGUGAGGGAACGAGUGAGGAUUUGCAUUCUCAACUUGAGGCAAGAAAUUAUGAACAUUGCAAGAGCAGUUGGGGUUUUUCUGCUUUUAGCACUUGUAUUGAGCCCGUGUUUGGUUGACUGGCGGGCCGUUCAUGACACCGAAGAUGGAAUUUCCGGGUUGAAAGCCACUGCAAUUCCAAAUAGUUCACUAAGAAAUAAAAACGGUGAGGAUGAACAAGCAAGAAACGCGACUAUUUUGUCAGACGAAGCAUUGGUCCAAAGUAAAACUGGAGGAGAUAGUGGUGGAAGAGGAGGAGGAGGAGGAGGAGGAGGAGGAGGAGGUGGUGGUGGUGGUGGUGGCGGAGGCGGUGGAGGUGGAGGCAGCAAUGGAGGUAAAGGUGGGGGAAAUGGUAGGGGGAGCGGAGGUGGAUCAAGUGGUGGAGGUGAUAGGCAGAAAGGAAAAGGCCACAAACGAAGAUCACAUGGCAAAGGAAGUAGUGCUGGAGGUAGCAGUGGCGGUGGUGGAGGAGGUGGAGGUGGAGGUGGAGGUGGAGCUGGCGGAGGAGGUGGGGGUGGUGGAAAUGGUAAAGGUUAUGGAUGGGGUAAAGGAAGUGGCGGUGGCGGUGGUGGUGGUGGUGGGGGAGGUGGCAGUAAAGGAGGAGGAGUGAGUAAAGACUUAAUUGGAGUUGGAUUUAGGAAGCACUGA